CCAUGAGGGUCUCAGCCCAGGGGCUCUAUGGGGAGGGGAGGAUGAAAGAGCUGUUCAGCUGGAGGAGGAGGAGGAUGAGGCACAAGGACAGGGUGAGCAUGGGCUGCCACAGGAGCCUGAGCUUCAUCUGCAGGGAUCAGGAGUUGGGCACGGUGCAGGAGCUGGUGAAGACAUGCAAGAACAGGAAGAGGCUGAAAGCCUGGACACUAUUGAGCACCAGAGCAGUGGUGGCAAUGUGCAGCUGAUUGCAGAGGGGGAUGAGCUCAAAUCAGCCUCAGCACAAAGCACAGAGGCAGCUCUGCAGCCUUUAAGCCAGAGUGACGACAUGGGGACUGAGCAGGGAGGGGGUGCGGAUUCAGAUGUGCAUCCGCUGGAUCAAGGGGAUAAAGAAGAGUUAGUGGAAUUGGAGGCAGAGGACUCCUGGACAGACAGUCAGCUGUGUGUGAGUGCCAGCCCAGAAAACCCACAGGGAGGAGGGCACAGUGCAGCUCUGCAGCCCAGGGAUGGGGCUGGGGACUGGGGACAGGCACAGGGUGGGCAUGGGCUGAUGCAGGAGCUGGUGCCUCACCCGUCUGGAGUGACCACCAGACACAGAGGAGGGACAGAUGCAGGCGUGCAGCCAGUGGAGGAGGUUGUAAUCCUGCACACGGGGGAAGGGCAGAGCAGUGGUGCCAAUGUGCAGCUGAUUGCAGAGGGGGAUGAGCUCAGACUGAGCCCAGGAGGGAGCACAGGGGGAGAUCUGCAGCCCCUGGGUGAGGCUGGAUCCUCAGGGACAGAGCAGAGAGGCAGUGUGGAUUCAGAGGUGCAGCCUCUGGAUCAGGUUAAUAAAGCAGAGUCAGUGCAAGGGGAGGCAGAGAAUGGCCAGGCAGAUCUGCAGCUCUGUGGGGGUUUCUGGGCUGAAAAGGGAAGGGAAGGGGAAAGAGCUGUUCAGAUUGAGGAGGAUGAGGAAGAAGAUGGGGCACAAGAACAGGGUGAGCAUGGGCUGCCACAGGAGCCUGAGCUUCAUCUGCAGGGAUCAGGGGUCAGGCAGGCAGGGGGAGCUGGUGAAGACAUGCAAGCACAGGAAGAGGCUGAAAUCCCGGACACCCCUGAGCACCAGAGCAGCGGUGCCAACGUGCAGCUGAUUGCAGAGGGGGAGGAGCUCAGACUGAGCCCGGGAGGGAGCACAGAGACAGAUCUGCCGGCCCUGGGUGAGGCUGGAUCGUCAGGGACAGAGCAGGGAGGGGGCGUGGAUUCAGAGGUGCAGCCCCUGGAUCAGGAGGAUAAAGCAGAAUUUCUGGGAAGGGAGGCAGAGGAUGUCCAGGAAGAUAGGAUGUCCCAUGAGGGUCUCAGCCCAGGAGCUCCAAGGGUUUGGGAGGGUGAAAGAGCUGUUCAGCUGGAGGAGGAGGAGGAUGAGGCACAAGGACAGGGUGAGCAUGGGCUGUCACACGAGCCUGUGCUUGGUCUAGGAGGAGCACGAGGCCCACAGGGAGAGGGGGCUGGUGCGGGAGUCCAGCCACAGGAGGAGGCUGAAAGCCUGCACACACUGGAGGCCCAGAGCACUGAUGCUGAUGUGCAGCUCUUCACAGAUCAGCAGAAGGCCAAAUCAGGCUCAGGAGGGAGCACGGAGGCAGAUCUGACACCUCUGGGUGUAGCUGGGAUGUGGGAAGGGCAGCAGAGCCUGACUCUAGGUCUGGAGGCAGGUCUGGGUGCAUUUCCCACUGCAAACCCAUGGGAAGGAGCUGCUGCUGCAGAUGUGCCUGCUCCAGCUGAGGCUGCUUUGUGUCCUGGGCCUGUCACUGCUGCAGAGGGCCCUGGUCUGGAAGCCAAACUGGGAGCAUGCAUUGGUCCUGAGGGGCAGAUUCUGGAGGCACAGGAAUUACUGCAGGGGGAGAGGGCUGCUGCAGAGGGGAAGCCUCACGGUCUGGAGGUGGCACAGGGAGAGAGGCUGGAGGCAGGGGUGAGGACUGGAGUGAAAACUCAGGGUCUAAGACUAAACCAGGGCCAUGAGGAUGCUGUGUUUGCCUCCCUGGUCUCCGAGGUGCCAUUACAGAUCAGCCCCCUAAAGCUGGAAACGAUGAUGCAGGAGGAUGUUCUCAUUCCAGAUGUGUGGCGGCUUUGUGCUCCGGGACAGGCAGCCCAAAGGGAGCUUCAGGAGCAGGUUUCAGCACAGGGACAUGAGGGGAAGCUUCACACGGUGGCCCAACAGCCAGAGGGGGACUCACCACCCACCACGGAACCAGAGCACACGGCUGCUGGACCUGCUGGGCGUCCAAGGGAAGAGGUGCCACCAGCAUCAACACUGCACACCACAGCACAACCAGGAGAUGCUGGGAGGGAUCAGCUGGGGAUGGUCCUCAGAGAGAACUCACUGGGGCAAAGGCAGCUCUUGGGAGAACAGAGCAAACACCUUGGUGUUGGCCAACGAGAGAAUAUGCAAGAGUUUGGUCAGAAAAUGAGCCAGGAAGGCGAGCCCAGCCCAGGAAAGCCAGGGGCUGUGACUGCAGGUGGGGCAGGAGCUGCUCCAGGGGUUUGUCCUAAGGCUCCCCUGGACCCAGAGCACCUCUACAACGUGCUGUUUGUUGGGGACUCCCACGUGGGCAAAACGUCGUUCCUGUACCGUCUGCACGCCGACACCUUCAACCCCCAGCUCAGCGCCACAGUGGGAAUGGAUUAUCACAUCAAAAACCUCGUUGUGGACAACAAGUGCUUUGCUCUCCGCCUGUGGGACUCAGCUGGUCAGGAAAGGUACCGCAGCGUGACCAGGCAGUUCUUCCGCAAGGCGGACGGGGUGGUGCUGAUGUACGACAUCACCUCCGAGCACUCCUUCUCCGACGUGCGCUACUGGCUCGGCUGCGUCCAGGAAGCAGCAGAGGAUGGAGUUGCUGUUCUGCUUCUUGGGAACAAAACCGACUGUGCUGCCCAGAGACAGGUCCCUACAAAGGAGGGUGAAUGCCUGGCCAAGGAGCAUCAGCUCAUGUUCUACGAGUGCAGCGCUGCCUCGGGCCACAACGUCCUCGAGUCCAUGGUCAGCUUCGUCAGGCUGCUCAAAGUUCGUGAAGAUGAAAUGAAAAAUAAGGCAGAAGAGGUACCAGAGGCACCCCAGAAGAAAAAGGGCUGCUGCUGGUGAUGGACAGACUGCACCAACAGCCAGAAAAGCAUAAAAAUAGUCUGUGGACACCUUCUCUUUUCCUGUGUGUCCUCCUUGCCUGAUCUUCCUUGGAUGCUGAGAGCAAAAGCUGCUGUGGGGGACCCCCUGUCAUUCCUCCAGAGCACACCAGCCCUCCAAAAUUCUCCUUGGAGAACUUUAUCACUUUCUUUUGGAGACCAAAAACAGGCCAACAAGAGAGGCAGAAAGGGAACCCAGCUGGGUCUGAGAUGCUGCAGUGAUACUGGAAGCAGCAGAGUGUAAACCCAAGCCUUGGGAUAGAAUAAAUGAAAACCUGAAGCCAUCCAAGUGUAUAAAACAAGGGGGUUUAGUGCUGUUGGUGCUCUGGGCUGUGGGGACUUCUGCUCUGGCUUUGCAAUCUGACUGGAUUUGAUCAGGAACAAUGCGAUAUUCAAUAUAUUCUAAAUGCACUUAAAUCUCUCCAAUGAGACAAGGUAAAAGUAGUUUUUCCCUUCCCUCGUUAAUCCUGCCAGUGAGCAGUGAUGGGGCUUGACAGAAACUACUGAAUAUUUUGCUCAAAAUAAACACAAAAGCCCCAAGAGCAUGUCCAGGAUAAGAAGAAGACAAAUGCUUGCAAGAGGUUUUUUUCUUGUGUUGUCCCCAGUGCAGUACUGAAUUGGUUUUAAAUCCAGCUUGAAACAUCUAAAUAAAUAUGCCACAAUUUCAAGGGGUGUUUUUUAUCUUUUUACAGUUUGAUUGAACUAUAUUUUUGCAGAAAAAAAAAAGACAUACAGUCUAAAUAAAUAAGAAUACAAGUGCUAUAA